AUGACUACCCCACAGCUAUUCGACGAAUACGACAUCAUUUUCGCCGGGGGCGGGACAACCGCCGGGAUAAUCGUCGGACGCCUGGCAGCCGCCGACCCGUCUUUACGGAUCCUCAUCCUCGAGACGGGGCCGCACACCCAGGACGACCUUUCGCAUACCCAGCCCGCCCGCUUCCUUACGCACCUGCAACCCGGCUCCAAGACUAUCAGGAACGUCGUCGCGAAGCCAAGCAAGCACCUCAAUGGCCGCGAGCUCGCUGUGCAAUGUGGGCAGUGUGUCGGGGGAGGCUCCAGCGUGAACUUCGCUAUGUACACCCGCGCUCCCGCGUCCGACUACGACGACUGGGCGCGCCUGUAUGACAACCCUGGGUGGAGCUGGGCCGACCUGUUGCCGUUGAUGAAGAAGGCGGAGACGUACCAGAAUGCCCCGAACAGGCCCACACAUGGGUACAGUGGCCCUCUGAAGGUGUCCUACGGCGGCAAGCGCACCAACGUUGGGGAGGACUACAUCGCGACGGUGUCCAAGUACGAUAAGACACGAGUUAUCGUGGAUGACGCGAACCGAAUGUUUUGGCCCAAGUGGAUCGACGGAAAUUCGGGCCACCGGUCCGACGUCGCGCAUAACUACCUCUAUCAGGUCCUCAAGACGGGGACCAACGUUCAUCUCCUUCCAGGCUAUUUCGUCAAGAAAGUCAUUAUCGAGGACGGCAGGGCGACUGGAGUCGAGUUUGUGCGCAAUGCCCAGGUUUUUCCCGACGUGGAUGGAACAAUCCGUGUUGCACAAUCAAAGCAGCUUGUCGUCUUGUCCGCUGGGGCAUUCGGUUCAGCCGCUAUCCUCGAGCGCUCCGGGAUAGGUCGGAAGGAUGUUCUCGAGCGCAACGGCAUCGAACAGAAGGUUAACCUCCCUAUGGUUGGCGAGAACUACAAUGAUCAUCACCUGUUCUUCCUCAACUUCCACGCAAGUGAGGACGCCGAAACCAUCGAUGGCAUCGUGAGGAACGACCCUGGAGAAAUUGAGAAAUGGUCUGCGCAAUGGAGCAAGGAUGGGAAGGGUCUCAUGGCAACGAACGGCUGCGACGGUGGGAUGAAGUACCGCCCCUCGCCAGAAGAGCUGCACAAAAUAGGGCCCGACUUCGCAGACUCCGACCUGUGGAGGUCCUUUUACGCCCCGUCCCCGGACAAGCCCGUCCUCUUCAUCGGAAUGAUUUCGCAGUAUGUGGGUACGGCACCACCUCCGCCUGACCACAAAUGCUACUGUACCUUCGCGUACCUCACCUACCCUGCCGGUACCGGCUCUGUGCAUAUCACAUCCGCGGACGAUGUCACCGCCCCUGUCGACUUCGACUCCGGCGUGUGCAGUCGAAAGGAAGACUUCGCGUUGAUGCGACACAUGUACAAAGUCUGCCGCGAGUACGGGCGGCGCAUGGAUUCUUACUGGGGCGAGAUCGCGGCCGAUCACCCCAAGUUUGCCGCGAGCAGCGCUGCCGCCGUGCCUAAGGCUCCAGUCCGGCCCGUGAGCAUCGAUGCGGUCGACAUCGUUUACAGCGCAGAGGACGAGAGGGCUCUUGACGACUUCAUCAGGUCAAAGGUUCAAACAGCGUGGCAUUCGCUAGGAACGUGCGCUAUGAAGCCUCACGACAAGGGCGGCGUGGUCGACUCCCGGCUGAAUGUCUACGGUGUUCAAGGCCUGAAGAUCGCUGACAUGUCUAUUGCUCCCUCCAACGUCGCUACGAAUACCUACUCGACUGCAAUUACCAUCGGAGAGAAAGCAGCGAUGAUAAUCGCCGAGGACCUCGGGAUCAAAGGUGUUUAG